AUGACCAAUAGGCCAGCAAAGUUCAUACAAUUGGAAACUGCUUUAAAGAAUAUAGAACUAAAAACUGAUAUCGAACAAUUUAUUUUCAGCAUUUCUAUUGAUAAUAUUCAGAUGACAGCUGAUGACUAUAUCCAUAUUGAUGAUACUGUUGAAACAGAAGAGGUCACUAUAGAUGAAAAAGCCAUUCUAGAAGAGAUUCUCCAACCAUCCAAUCCUAACAGUGAUGAAAACAGUGAGAUUGAAAUUGAAAAAAUUCCUUAUUCCAUUGCUUUUGAACAGU